AUGAAGUCAAUACAAUCUCUAAGUGUGCAUGAGGCUGCAGUCAUUAGGGACGGAAAACAGCAAAUAAUCGAAGCUACUGACAUUGUAGUCGGUGAUGUUGCUGUGCUCAAUGCUGGUGACCGUGUCCCAGCCAAUAUGCAUAUUGUGCAGGCAUCAUCCAACCGUUGCUUUUAUUGCUCUCUUCUGAUGGGUGAAAGUGAAACAGUACCGGGAGCUCUUGAUGCAACAUCCAAGAAUGCUCUGGAGACUUGUAAUCUCACACUGACUUCCACUUUUGUCAUACAAGGGACUUGCCAUGGAGUUGUGUUCAUCACAGGAGGUAGGACUGUUAUGGGCUGCCUUGUCAAGAUGUUGGGAGAAACAAAGUUCAAGCUUACCACUAUCUAA